AUGAGUUUAAAACCCUUUACCUACCCGUUUCCAGAGACCAGGUUUCUUCAUGUGGGACCCAAUGUGUAUAAAUUCAAAAUCAGAUAUGGCAACAGCAUCAGAGGAGAAGAGACAGAAAAUAAAGAAGUCAUCAUCCAGCAACUGGAGGAUUCCAUCCGUGCGGUCUUGGGAAACUUGGACAAUCUGCAGCCGUUUGCUACAGAACACUUCAUUGUGUUUCCCUAUAAAAGCAAGUGGGAGAGAGUUUCCCACCUGAAAUUCAAACAUGGAGACGUUGUCUUGGUCCCCUACCCGUUUGUUUUCACUCUCUAUGUAGAAAUGAAAUGGUUUCAUGAAAACUUGUCGCCCGGGAAACCAAUAAAUGGCAGUCCUCUGGGGUUGGUCCUAACUGAGGAGAAAGCGUCAGGAGCCCUGAUGAGGAAACGAAAAUGCAUGGAAGAAUCCAGUUCCCCCAUCAGGCCAGGCCUGGACAGAACAGUCAAGGAAAAACCCAGCAGGAAUGGCAGGAGACCCUAGCCCCUGAAAUCGCUGAUGUCCAGACACCGGAUUCUAAGUUGGGGGACAGCCUGACAGUGCUAGCCGUUCCAUCACUGCAGCAAAACAAUACACCUCUAUUGAAAGAGCCGGGAACCAGUGGCUUCUUUGGGUUUCUAA